UUCAAAUAUACAUACCACACAAGAUGAACAAUUCUAUGGAACAACAAACUGAGUUAUUUUAUAAUAUUCAAAAGGAAGAUUUGCAAAUUCAAAAGCUACAGAACAGUAUUCGCCAAUAUUUUGUGUUUUCAGCUGAUAAAAUCAAGACAUUUGAGGCAUAUGUAAACGACGUUGUGAAGAAAGCUAGGAAUGGAAUGUUAAAAAUACCUACAGUCGAUGUAACACCUUUAAGAAAUAAGUAUUUUUUUGGUGAAAGAUACACCUAUGGCUCCCAGAAUUCACAAAGUGGCAUAGGCAGAGAAAAAUUGUUCCCAAGGAAUUCCGUAGAUCCAAUACCAAGUUGGAUUACAGUGAAUAUUAUUAAUCCCCUCAUUGAAGCAAAAAUUCUUCCAAAAAACUUCGUUAACAGUGUAGUUAUCAACGAUUACCGACCAGGUGGUUGCAUAGUGUCACAUAUCGAUCCCCCUCAUAUUUUCGACAGACCAAUAGUGUCCCUGAGCCUUUUUAGUGAUAGCUGCCUUUGCUUUGGAUGUAAGUUUAAAUACAAGCCUCUAAGAUGCUCCAAACCAUUAUUUGAAUUAGCAAUGCCCAGAGGAGUCAUCACUUCCAUUAGUGGGUUUGCAGCAAAUGAAAUAACUCACUGUGUUAGGCCAGAGGACACAAUACAAAGAAGAGCUGUUAUAAUCCUCCGUAGAGUUCAUCAAUAUGCCCCUAGAUUACCUAAAGAUGAUCAAAUGGACUGUUCAAGAAGAAUAUUUAACAAUUAUGACUGUAUUGAACUAAAAAUGAAAGAUUUCAUGAAAUUUUAUCAGUAUAUAAGAUGGCAAUGUGAUAAUGGGCUGACUGGAAAAGUUACAAAGAGAUAUUUUAAAAAGAAAAAUGGAAAUCCACGUUACACAGCAAAUUUAUAUAAGAUGCUGUAA